CAGUCAGCUGCUGUCACAUCACAACUCCGCGAUUCGCUUGUAAACACGACGUUUGUGCGUUGGUGGUGUCUCGUCCAGCACGAGACAGUGAAAUUUAAUCUGUUAUUUCUCGCAAGCUAAGCAUAAUAAUUCAAACUUGCUUGGGUGCAAUUCACACGGACACGACUGCAGAUGCCAUGGACAAUGAUGAAUUCCCGCUGGAGUACUUCUGCAGACUGUGCGCUUCGGAGGGGGUGGUCAUUCAUCCGCUUUUUCCGCCUGGCGACGAGGACCCCAAGGACGAACUGGUUCGCAUGAUCGACGUGCUGACCUCGGUCACCCUGACCCGAACGCAGGACUCCAGUGCGGUCAUCUGCGACAAAUGCCUGCAGAUGUUGGAUCUGUUCUGCCGGUUUCGGGAGGAAUGCCUGCGACAGGAUGUGAUGAUCCGAACGAGACGGGAACUGGAGAAGGAAAGGCAAGAGGAAGAGGAGCGAUUACGAUUGAUCGCAGAGCGGCAACAGAUGGCCGCUGCAGCGGCGGUGGUGGCCGCAGCGGCACAACAAAUUGUUCCCAUCGAACCGGACGUACUUAUUAAAGAGGAAGAUUUAGAAGAACCUCCGACGAUCGUCAUCGAUGACUGCAAGGACGAACCGGACGAUGAGGACGACGAUGACGAUGAUGGGGAGGAACCGCAGUCAGCAGAUUCUAGUCUUGUAGUAGCCAACGGUGCAAGCUUUCAGUCACCGGCGGAGAUUUCCCUGUACUCCCAGACGAAUAGCCUGUCGAUUUCGGUGCAGGUGAAUCAGAUUUCCCUCGGAGGUGGAGGAGGAGGCGGCAGCAGCAGUCCCGGAUUGAUUCCGGCUCUAUCUACAUCACCCGCCACGACGAUUCCAUCUGGCAACGUUGUUUCCACGGCGGAGUCCCGUCCCUCCCGGAUGGUGGCAUUCCGCAAGGGAAAACUCGAUCCGAACAAACCCCCGCCGGACUGUGAGGUCUGUCAGGAGAGUUUCGCCACCCACUACGACUUCGAGCAGCACAUGGACAAUGUGCACGCGUGGGACCGGGGCACCCGGUGCUCGCUGGCGUGCGAUCCCUGCCAGAUGCGGUUCACCAAAUCGUACAACCUGAAGCGGCACAUGUACGAGGUCCACGGCGAGCUGGCUCCCGGGCUGACGGUGACGGCGUGCGAGUUCUGCGGGCUGAAGUUCCUCCGGGGGUACACGCUGAACCGGCACAUUGCCAAGGUGCACAGCAAGCAUCGGAAGGCGAAAAAGGUGAUGAUCAUUAAGAGUAAGUAGACUUUCUGGGGGGGUGGAUGAAAGGGGAGGGAUAGUUCGGUGGCCAUAUUCGAGAAAUGCAGGAUUAGAGGAUCGAGUUGGUAAUAUGGGAAGUGAGUACUAACAGGUAUGUGUUGUGUUUUUAAGAAAAGACGUUAUUGUGAAGAAAGAUAUGCAACUGAAUGAAAUGUAAAUGGUUAGUGUUGUUUAAGAGACCACUCCUAAGAGGGAUUCAAUUUAGAAGAUCAACGUUUACUUACUAGCAUCUGAAGGUCACUAGAGAAUACGGAUUUUACUUCCAAAGACAGCUAUGAACUCCGGUUAUGGAGAUAAGUUUUCGCAACUGGUCAGUGGGGAAAGGAACUGCCAUGAGAAGUUAUUUGUAUCUCCUAGCUAGGGCAUCAGCUCUGCAGCUUUCAGAAAAGAGUUCACAACUGUUGUCAAGUUACUGUAUACUCUUUUUUUUUUGGAGAUCAGCGUUCGUUUUACUUCGCUUUUUGCUUUUUUUAGCCAUUAUAAUAUAGGAGCUAAAGCUUCGGAGUUCAUGUUUUAAAUAAAAAAUAAGACAAACUCAACUUUUUUGUUGAGGGAUUAAAACUACUGUGUCCAUUGAAUCCGUAUCCGUAUCCAGUCCAUUUAGUAAUGAUUUGUCGUGACCUUAUUCUAGAACUACUAAUAUCAUAAUUCAUUUUUAUUAUUAUUUAUUAUUCUUUGUUAAAACAUAUUGCUAAUAUGCUUAUCAUGAGCGAUCAUAAGUCCCAGCACAAUCUUUCUAUUUAUCCUAUGCUUUUCUAUUUAUGCGUUGAGACGAUCCCCCUGACUAAGGUGUCGGAUGACAACCACUUAGUUGCUCGUCGUUGGUGCCGUUCGGCUCUGUGCAGUGCAUUUGGGUGGCACCUAUUCUGCUGAGCUUGUUAGUUUUCGAGUGUGCUUUACACGCAGAGGGUUUUCAAUGCAGAGCAUAUUUAUUGAUGCGUUGGGAGUUUUUUAUGUGAACUUAUCAAGAAUUCCUUCCGGCAUUGAUUCUUCGAAAAGACAG